AUGGCUGGACUCCUGAAGUGGGCCAAAAGUGCCGUCAAACGGGCACCCUCUCCACCACGGCAAUACCCGAAUGUGAAAUUCCCUCUUAUCAACCCAUCAGAAAAGGUUGAAGAAGAAAACUUCGGAAUUGAGCGAUAUUACCCAGCGCGGAUUGGGGAUGUUCUUUCCUCGCGAUAUCAAAUCGUUGGAAAGCUGGGGUUUGGAAACUCGUCAACGGUGUGGCUUGCACGGGAUUUACAUGCCCACCGUCACGUUGCCGUCAAAAUAUUUACAAAUGAUGGCCAGGAUACCGAUGAAAUUGCCAUUUAUAAGCACAUUAGCCAAGGAAACAAAUCAAGACUUGGCUAUCGCUACGUGCGCACUGCCCUUGAUUCAUUUGAGUUGAUGAAUCGCGGUAGCAAACACCCAUGCCUAGUACACGAACCACUCUGGGACAGUAUAAGGACACUCCUCGAACGGAGUGGUCGAGAUAGACUUACAGAAGAUCUGCUUCGAGUAAACCUCCAACGCCUUUUACUGGCUCUAGACUAUCUUCACACAGAUCGGAAGUUGAUCCACACAGACAUCAAAUCCGAUAACAUUCUCCAUCUUAUUGAAGAUACCUCUAUUCUUGCUGCCUCUGAGGAAGCCGAGAUUGCUCAACCCUCACCGCGCAAGAAAGCGAUGGAUCGAGAAAUAUAUGUUUCCCGGACUCUAGAUAUGCCAGAGUCUAUUGGAGAGCCAGUACUUUGCGACUUCGGGAAUGCGGUAUAUGGGACAAAACUCAAUGAUGAUGACGCCUACCCCGAUGUUUACAGGUGUCCAGAAGUGAUGCUUCAUCUCCCAUGGAGUUAUAGCGCUGAUAUUUGGAAUGUUGGCGCCAUGAUCUGGGAUAUCUUUGAGGGUAAGCAUCUCUUUAGUGGGCAAGAUCCGAAACGAGGCCGCUACACAACUCGUGCUCAUCUUACAGAACUGAUUUCCGUUCUCGGACCACCACCACUAGAGCUCAUCAAACGGGGCAAGAGAUCUGCAGAAUGGUUUGAUGGAGAUGGUAAAUGGCUUGAACCAGACGAGAAUGAGCCAGAACGCCUACCGCUUUUGCCGUCUAGUAGUCUUGAGGCUGCGGAGGAGAAUCUUAACGGGAAGGAUAAAGAGCUAUUUCUGAACUUUAUUAAGUCGAUGUUGCAGUGGGAACCAGAGAAGCGAAAGACGGCCAGGGAAUUGUUAAACGAUCGCUGGCUGACUAGGUCACAAAGAUGA